AUGGCUUCGGCCACAGCAGCAAAAAAGAAACUCGUCGUGUGCGGCGGCAACGGCUUUCUAGGAAGUCGGAUAUGCAAAGCAGCAGCACACAGAGGAUGGAGCGUGACAUCGAUAUCCCGCUCUGGCACACCGCAUUGGUCUUCAGUCUCGUCGUCGCAAACACCGCCUGAGUGGUCGGAAAAGGUAUCAUGGCAAAAGGGCGAUAUCCUGGACCCCGCGUCGUAUACGCAGCACCUUGAAGGCGCCGACGCCGUCAUACACAGCAUGGGUAUCCUUCUCGAGGCAGACUACAAGGGCGUUAUCAGUGGGCGUGAGAGUCCGAUCAAGGGCUUGCAGAGGGCUUUCAGCAGUACCAAGGCGGGGACACAGAACCCGCUGGCUCGGAAAGAAGGCGAGAAGCUGCAGCCCCAGGAAAAGGAUGGUCAACUCACGUACGAAGUCAUGAACAGGGACACAGCGGUUUCUCUCGCCCACGAAGCGUCGACACGCAAAGUGCCCAAUUUUGUCUACAUUUCUGCCGCCGCCGGAACACCUAUCCUUCCCGCACGCUACAUAACAACAAAACGCGAGGCCGAAUCUCUCAUCUCCACAACCUUUCCCACAAUGCGGUCAAUUUUUAUUCGUGCACCCUUCAUGUACGAUAGUAGCCGGACCUUUACCAUCCCCAUUGCAGCUGCUGGUGGCGUUGCGAGCAUGAUCAACAGCGCAGUUGGAGGUCGACUGACGUGGCUCAUGGGUGCAGGAGGUAUCAAGCCAUUGAAAGCGGAUCUCGUGGGUGAGGCAGUCGUAGAGGCGCUCGAAGAUGACGACGUUCGUGGCCCUGUGGAAGUACCAGAGAUUGAGAGACUGGGCACCAGAGCUUGGAGGAAGAACAUGUUGUGA